CUCCACAUCUCCAAACACACACACACUCACUCACUCACUCACACUGAGUCAGGAUUUGUGAUCAUCUGAGUGAUAUAUGUGACUUUGUUCACCUGAUCUGAGCAGCUCUGAGGGACUUUGGACGCUCGGAGCCGUUUUGCGCACGGACGCGCACGUUUACGCCCUCAUCUGAACUCCUGCGGGAGGAUUUUACCGCUGCGCUAGAGUUUGCAACACUCACUCUUCUGCAUGAAUCUCUUCGACUCCUACCUGAAAAUGAGCGACGAGCAGGACAAGAGUCUCUCCGACGCGCCCAGCCCGAGCAUGUCCGAGGAUUCCGCCGGGUCUCCGUGCCCGUCCGGGUCGGGCUCGGACAGCGAGAACACCCGCCCGGAGCAGCACCUCCGAGAGUUUAAGAAGGACGAGGAGGGAGACAAGUUCCCCGUGUGCAUCCGAGACGCGGUGUCUCAGGUGCUGAAGGGCUACGACUGGACCCUGGUGCCCAUGCCCGUCCGGGUGAACGGCUCCAGCAAGAGCAAACCGCACGUCAAGAGACCGAUGAACGCGUUCAUGGUUUGGGCUCAAGCGGCGCGCAGGAAACUGGCGGAUCAGUACCCGCACCUCCACAACGCCGAGCUCAGCAAAACCCUCGGAAAACUCUGGCGGCUACUGAACGAGGGAGAGAAGCGUCCGUUUGUGGAGGAGGCCGAGCGUCUGAGGGUCCAGCACAAGAAAGACCACCCCGACUACAAGUACCAGCCCAGACGCAGAAAAUCGGUGAAGAACGGCCAAGCGGAGAGCGAGGACGGCGAGCAGACCCACAUCUCCCCCAACGCCAUCUUCAAAGCCCUGCAGCAGGCCGACUCUCCGGCGUCCAGCAUGGGCGAAGUGCAUUCUCCAGGAGACCACUCAGGUCAGUCGCAGGGCCCCCCCACACCUCCCACGACUCCCAAAACGGACCUGCCGUCCGGCAAAGCGGAUCUGAAGCGCGAAGGCCGCCCGCUGCAGGAGGGCAUCGACUUCGGGGCCGUAGACAUCGGCGAGUUGAGCAGCGACGUCAUCUCCAACAUGGAGCCGUUCGACGUCAACGAGUUCGACCAGUACUUGCCUCCUCACGGACACCCGGGGAUGGCGGUCGGCAGCGGCGCCCAGGCGUACGGGUACGGGCUCGGCGCUCAGGUGGAUGUCCAGCAGCAGCAGCAGCACUCGAUGGCCAACGGCGGCGAGCAGAGCCAAGGCCAGCAGCGGACGCAGAUCAAGACGGAGCAGCUGAGUCCCAGCCACUACAGCGAGCAGCAGCAGCAGCAGCAGGGCUCCCCGCAGCACGUGACCUACGGCUCCUUCAACCUGCAGCACUACAGCGCCGCGUACCCCGGCGUCGGCCGCGCACAGUACGACUACGCCGAGCACCAGGGUCCCGCCAACUCCUACUACGGCCAGUACCCCGCCUUCAGCUACAUGAGCCCCGGCCAGAGGCCCAUGUACACCCCGAUCGCCGACACGGCGGGCGUCCCGUCGGUGCCGCAGGCGCACAGUCCGCAGCACUGGGAGCAGCAGCCCGUCUACACCCAGCUGUCCAGGCCCUGAGGGCCCGAGCGGCCGUCCCGGGACGCUAAGUACUGAAACGGACGCAAUGGCUCCCGACUGUGCCUUUUGAAAUGGUGAUUAUAUUUUUCUAGAUAUAAUGAGACAAGAGAAAUCCUCUGUGAGGACAGAUUCCAGAUAAUUAUUUUAGUAUGUACUGUGUAUGUGUCACGCGUGUGUUCUUCUCGGUCGUGUCGGGUCGGGGGAUUCGUCUGUGGCCUCCCUGAUGAUAUUUUUGUAAAGACUCUAUUUUCCCUCUGUAUAUAUUUGUGGGGGUUUCUCAAAGCGGAUGUACAGUCGAACGCUUCUAGAGUCCGUGCCUGAGCGUCUCGCCAUAUCUCUCGUUUCUGUGAAAACUGCCUCUAGAUUCCGUCUGUGCCUAUAGAGAUCACGCUGCCCGACGAGCCACGGGACGCGCCCUUCGACCCGAGGCUCCUCCGCAGCUCGCCAUCGGUCAGAUCGUCAUCGCUCCGGUCUUAACCUCUCUAAUUUAUUCAUUAGCGUUCGUUUGACUUGAAAAAAGUAAUACUAUUUUAUCAUUUACUUGGGCUUCGUACGACUAAUUUGUGACGAGAUGUUUCCGAUUACGAUUUAGUUGUAGCGCAAACUUUAACCGUCUCGUUUAUUUAUCAUUUGUUGAUGUUUCCAUUUAAAAUGUCUAAAAAUGUUCUUUUGAUAAUCUAGUUGACUUCUAAUUGUGAAACUUGAUCAAACCCUUCAUAGAAACAACUGGAACUCGUUUGUGUUUUUCUUUCGGUUCACCAACAUGUCGACUUGGCUGCAUCUCUAUGAAACACACCAGCAUUUAUUUCCUUUCCUUGUUUUUUAUGUCUUCAAGAAAAACUGUAAAACAUGCCACCGUCUUAAAAGAAGCUUAUCUUUUGUAUCGUAUUGUUUGCAAUAAAAAGAAAGAUAUCGAAAAUA